AUGAAAAUCUCUUCCACCUUUUCCAUCCUUUUCUUCGCUAAUGCGGUGAACGCAUUCCAAUCCAGUUUCAUGUCUGGAUCCAGCGCUGUGUCAGGUGUCAGAAGUGGAUCGUCUCUUUGUAUGAAGACUGUCGCAGUUAUCGGAGCAUCUGGAUUGACUUCCACCGAGUGCAUUUACCAAGCCUUGAAGGAUGGUCACAAGGUUGUUGGACUUACAAGAAACGCCGCCAAUGUCAAGAUCCCCCAGGGGUCAGGUGGUGCUGAUGCAGAUAAGCCCUUCAGUGAUCCAAACUUGAAAAUUAUUUCCGGUGAUGUCACAAAGAUGAGUGAUGUCGAAAAGGUGUUUGAAGAUGAAAUUGAUGGAGUCAUUGUCGCGCUUGGAGGAAAGACUAAGGAUGUUGGAGAAACUAUGCUUACAGAUGGUACCAAAAAUGUUAUUGCCGCCAUGAAGAAUAAGGGAGUCAAGAGACUCUCUGUCGUUACUUCCAUUGGUGCUGGUGAUUCCGAAAACCAAGCUCCUUUCUUCUUCAAGGUGCUGAUGUGGACUGCCAUGAAGAAGAUCUUUACCGAUAAGAACAACCAAGAAGAAGUAACCAGAAACAGUGGAUUGGAUUACUGCAUUGUCCGUCCAGGCGGCCUCACUGUCGAAGAACCAACUGGAGUUAUCAAUGUGAUUGAUGGAGAAGCCGGUUCCAUCCCUCGUGCUGACGUUGCUGCAUUCUGCAUCGGUGCUGUCCUUGACCCCGACUUCAAGUACAUCGGACAAGCACCUUGCAUUUCAAGCGUUGGAGGAACCAGCUGGACCAAGGAUCGUUCUGCUGCCGCUCGAGGGGAGAUGUAA